CUCAGAAUUUAAGCUAUUUAUUUCAGACGGUUGACACUGUAACUUCGCGAUAUAUCGCCUAAACUUUGAUUUAUCGAUUAAUUUUGAUAGUGAUGAAGAAAUAAUUGCUUGUUUAUGUUUUGUUUGUAUCUUCUGGUCAGCAAACUUAUAUAUAAUGGACGACAAUGCAGAUACGACACCAGAUCUGGAGUCUUUUAAUGGAUAUGACUUUAACAACUAUACAGCGGCCGAAUCUUUUAUUCAAGGCCUUUCUGGAAUGGUAAAUCAGAGUGAUGUUGAGACCAUGAUAAGAGCACAAAAACAAAUGUUACAACGCUUUGAGAAGACUAAUGAAAUGUUGCUCAACUGCAAUGCCUUAUCGCAAAGCCGUUUGAAAAAUGCCAGUGAAGAUUUUAAGCGACAUGUGAAGUUGCUAAGUGAAAUGAAAAAAGAUCUAGAUUACAUAUUUCGCAAAGUGCGCAUAAUAAAGCAAAAACUGCAGCAGCAAUAUCCUGCUAUAUAUGCAGAAGUACAGCCCCAGCGUAGCAGCUUAGCGGUGGAGGCAGAAGAUGAAACGGAAAGUGCGAAAGCUGCGCAGCUGGCGGAAACAACAGAGGCGAAGCCCACGGUAGAGCCAGCUCCCAAAAAAAGUGGAGCAACAAUUGAAUACGUACAAAUGCAGGAGGCUAUCGAAAAUGGUAUUGUUGAGAUAGAAAAUGAGCUGAUAAAACGUGUCUGCUCCGUCGAGACAGCCAAUCCCAAUGACUCGUCGGAUUGUACGUCAGAAGAUACUGGUUAAAGAUUAGUUAAUAAUUAGUUUUAUUUAACAUAUUUAUCUAAACAAUAUUUAUUAUACAUACUA